AUGUACCAUACCCCAGGCGGGAGGCUCGCUCUGUGGGGUUCACUGAGGAGAAUUCCCACCACCAAAGCCAAGCUCAAGGGGAAGACGAUACCUGUGCGAUUGGCUGGGAUUGAUGCUCCUGAGGGCGCUCACUUUGGUAAGCCUGGACAACCUGGUGCUCCAGAAGCUCUCAAAUGGCUCAACGACUACAUCUUGAACCGACGCAUCUGGGCAAGGAUCCACAAACGCGACCAAUACGACCGCGUCGUUGCGACUGUCUUCGUGAGACCGUUCCUUUUCAAAAAGGACGUCGGGUUGGAGAUGCUGAAGCGAGGCCUGGCAACGACUUACGAGGCAAAGUCCGGAGUGGAAUGGGGAGGUUUUGAACAAAAGUACAAAGCUGCUGAAGCCAAGGCCAAGGAACAGAAGCUAGGCAUUUGGGCUGGCAAGGCUAGCGACUUUGAAAGUCCCAGGGAUUACAAGACGAGAAUCAAUGAGGCGGGAGAGAAGGUCGUGGAGGAGGUGAAGCCGGAUGAGAAGAAAAAGAAAGAGGAGAAGAAGACCUGGUGGUUCUUUUGA